CUCCAGGAGCCGCAUUCCAGGAUAAGGGGGGUGGGGAGAGGCCGGGCAGGGGGAGGGGCAGGAAAGAGGGCUAUAAGGGCCGUGGCCCAGGCGGGCGGGAGCCAGGCGGGCCAUGGCGGAUGUCCCCGGGGCGCAGCGACCGGUUCCUAGCGGCCCAGAGCCCCGGGACCCCCUGGACUGCUGGGCCUGCGCUGUGCUGGUCACCGCCCAGAAUCUGCUGGUGGCUGCCUUCAAUCUUCUCUUGCUGGCGCUGGUGCUGGGGACCAUCUUGCUACCUGCUGUCACCAUGCUAGGCUUCGGCUUCCUCUGCCAUUCCCAGUUCCUGCGUUCCCAGGCACCCCCUUGCACCGCGCACCUGCGGGACCCGGGCUUCACUGCCCUGCUGGUCACUGGAUUCCUGCUCCUCGUGCCGCUGCUCGUGCUUGCCCUGGCCAGCUACCGCCGCCUCUGUCUGCGCCUCCGCCUGGCUGACUGCCUCGUGCCCUACAGCCGAGCUCUCUAUCGGCGUCGGCGCACCCCGCAGCUGGGACAAAUCCGGGCCUCGCCAGGAUCCCAGGCCGUUCCCACAUCAGGAAAGGUCUGGGUUUGAGAACCCUCGAGUCAAGAACAACCCUCCCUUUUAGCGGCCCAAGAACUUGAAGCCCGGGGGUCUUCCUACCUGCCCUGCCCCCACCCCUGCCUCAGCCUGGUCCCAGGAUCCCCUUGGCAAACAGCAUUUGUGGACCCAAUGCUGGUGAAAAUUCGCCACAUCCCGGAAAACCCUUUCCUCUCACUACCCAUAUCUGAAUCCUGAACAUCUGGGCUGGACCCUGCGCACACACGCUCUGCCCCCCACCCCCACCUUGUGAAUAAGACAACUGAACCUCGCUGGUGCCCUCCUUUUCCGAUGCAACUCCUUUAGUAUUUACGGGCUGGUGGGUGACGUUGGAGGGGAAGGAGUGAUCACAUAUCAAUAAAGAAUUAAUGAACUGAAUGUGCUCCUGGGAUCCUGUGAACAGAGG